AAAACAUAAACAUAUAUCACACAUACAAAUGUGUAACUAACUAAACAUAUUUGAAAAAGUCUGCACUCUUGACUGACAACGAGAUAUCUAUUCUAUUAGCAACAUGCGGUUUCCACAUAUUCGCUAUCAAGCCUUAGCUUUUAUUGUCAGCGUAAUAAUCGAGCUCAGCUGUGCUUUGCGAGAUGUUCGCGUGCGUGUGCCACAUGCGGUGAAGCGUGGAGAGAAGGCCAUACUCAAGUGCUUCUAUGACAUCGAAGACGACAGUCUGUACUCGGUGAAAUGGUACAAGGGCAGAAGAGAGUUCUACAGAUAUACCCCAAAGGAGACGCCUCCCAUGAAAAUCUUUCAUUUUCCCGGCAUAAAAGUGCGGCGGCCCGCCUCGAACGAGAGCCAAGUGGUGCUCGAUGUGGUAACAAUGCCAACAUCCGGUAAAUACAGCUGCGAGGUAUCUGCGGAUGCGCCCUCGUUUCAUACAUUAAUAGCGGCCGCCGAAUUGGAAGUUAUUGAGACGCCACACAAUCCGCCGUUCAUAACUGGUAUCCGGCCUCGAUACCGGGUCGGCGACAUAUUGAGAGGCAAUUGCACAUCGCGACACUCGCGUCCAGCGGCGAAUCUCACAUGGACGGUGAAUAAUGAAGAGGUAAACCCCGCUCAUGUGCGACAUCACAAGAUUCUGCGCGAUACGCGUAAUGAAAUGGAAACUGCCAUUGUGGGCAUACACUUUGUUGUCACCGAUCAGCACUUCGACAAUGGCAAACUAAAGCUACGCUGCAGUGCUCAGCUGCAUGAUAUCUAUUGGAAGACAACCGAAAAGACAAUAUUGGAGGCAGAUGCUUUUGUCAAGUACGGCAGCAAUCGUGUGAGUCCUGUUGAUCUCUACGAUGAGCAGUACUCGACCCAUGACGAGGACUUCCAUAACAAAAAGAACAGUUACCUGACGCAGCUGCAGGACUUUUUCUUUCAUUUUGUACCCUCAGGCGAAGAAGACGAUGGCGUCGAGGGUUUAGAGGAUGGUGCCGCCUGGCGUGGAGCUGUCGGCUCUGGCGCGUCCAGCGUCAGUUGUAGCCCAGCUGUGGCAGUCAGUGGGGCAGCAAGUGCCGUAUUGCUGGCGCUGUUCAGUUGGGCGCUGAACGGGCAAUUAGUGUCACAGCUGGCAGCGAUUACAAAGCGCAAGCAGCUGCCCAUGCGGGAUGCAGCAACACAGUUGAUGCAACAGCGGCAACAUCGCCUGCGGGUGCCGAAAUGCUGCAGCAACAACAACAGCAACAGGAACAGCAGCAAAGCAAACAGUAGAUGCAUCAGGCAAUUAACAUGAUUCAAUUGUCACGCAACUCUUGUGCCACACUUCAGGGAGAAGAAAACAGCCGUAGUCAAAGCAGCAGCAGCAGUGAGAGUGAGAGAAGCAAGCGGUGCCAGUUGUUGAGUCGUCGGGAGAGACAAUUUGUUGUAACUGCCAAAAGUUCAGCUCCAGGCGCAAGCCUGCAACACACUCACGCACACAUACACACACAUAUACACAUACACACACAUAUAUAAAACGUUUCAGCUAACUCAAAGUAACUUGAAAUGCAUUUAACACAAAACAGAAACUUAAACAAUCCCAAUGAUUUCUUUAUUCUUUAUGCUAAGCUUGGUUCAACAGCAAAAAAACAAACUAAAGCGUAUCGAUAGGUUUCGAUUACACAACAAAUUUCUUUGCCUGCCGAGCCAAA